AUGAAUUCAAUCUUUUACGGCAAGAUGUUAUGCAUAGCAGCGCCGCUUUCGUUCCUGCUAUUGCUCUCACUUAUCCCAUCCUCAUCGUUAGUAUUGGGAGGAUGUAAAAAUUAUGAUUCCGUAAAAAAAUGUCCGAUAGAAUCACCAUGUUGCAAUAACGGAUGGUGCUCAAAUGAUCCAAGGUUUUGUUCAACUGGUUGUGAUCCCGAUAAUUCCUAUAGUCCCAAAUCAUGUUAUCCUACAGCAUAUUGCGUCAAUCUUUACGAUGACUUCAACGCGCCAAAGAUGAUAAAUGCCCAGAAUUAUAGCGGAAAUCCUAAUACAUAUGACUGGACAUCUGAUUUCACACCAGAUUAUGCAAGUUCUAGUAACAGUAACCUCGUACUUUCGAUGAAAUAUGAUGGAACCCAUAAAAAUGAGGUUGGUAAUUAUCAAGGAUUUGGAUCGACUGUCUCAUCAACAAGGUGGAUGCAGUAUGGGUGGGUAACUGCAAGGAUAAAGACCGCUUCUUCUAAUCUUGGUGUCGUAUCAUCGUUUAUUACUAAAAACUUGGAAGGAGAUGAAAUCGAUUUUGAAUGGGUUGGUCUCGCACCAAGUGAAGUACAAUCAAACUUUUAUUGGCAAGGUGUACUUGACUAUUCUCAUGCAAAUCAUCACAACUUAAGUGGCGACUCCUCCGCUACGUAUUACAAUUAUGGGAUUGAAUGGAUGCCUGAUCAUAUUACAUGGUAUAUAGAUGGGAAUCCAGUUCGUACGAUUAAAUUGGAAGAUACAAAAGCAUCGAAUGGCUCAUUCUUAUUUCCGUCAGGCCCACAACGAAUCCAAUUUAGUGUUUGGGAUGGUGGGGAGGCUGCAAAAGGAACUGCCGACUGGGCAGGUACGCCGACCGAUUGGUCUGAUAAGAAUCGCGUAUAUACAAUGUAUGUAGACUGGGUGAAUAUCACAUGUUACUAUCAAGGCAAUGAAACUGCGACAUGGCCACCCGCUGGAUAUGGACCACCAAAUGUCACCACAAAUGGAACUACUUCAUAUCAAACUCUUGGUACAGGGCAAGCUACUUUGGGUAAUGGUGGUGGAAAUACUGUUGGUUCAUAUAAUACAUCAUCAAUUCCACCACCUGAUAAUUCUGCUGCUGUUAUUUCAUCUCAACUGAGUGUUGCAUUAUUCUCUUUGAUUUCAACAUCAGUUAUAGCUUCAAUAUCUUUUACCUUUAAACAUCUAUAA